AUGCUGCCACUGCAUCCCAUUGAUUUGUUUUCCGAAGAUGGGACGGUUGUGACGGAAGCGGAUCGAGAGGCUUUGGCAGCGCGCAAAGGCAAAUGUUCCAGUUGUGACAUUCCAACCCACAAGGUGGCAUUUCCCUUACGAAAGGUCCCCUUGACGAACGACCAUGUCUAUCAAGGACAAUGCAUUCGAUGUAGUCAUUUAACCAACAACAACAACAACUCUCCACAACAAACUCAUAUUCCUGAACAUGUUCGAACGACCUGGGAACAAAAGUAUCCUCAUCUAGUGAUUGCGUCGAGUAGCAGGCAAAGGGGACACAACCGCAAACCGUCGCAUGGGACAAGCAUUCGACAGGCAUCUCUGACCAGCAGCCAAAACAGCCAAAGGAGAUCGGAAAAAUCAAGUCUUUCGCCCAUGACUCGCAGCAGACAUCAUGUACAACUACCAACCAACCUGCUGGACGAUUCCGAACAUGCUUCCGGUCCUACGUCUUCCCGAAGCAUGCCGUUACGAAACAGCGCAACGAAUCCGGCAUGUGUUGUUGUUGUUGACCAAGGACACAGACGAUGCCACAGUCAAGGAAAUCCGCACAUUGCGACGAGUCCACACAAAAAAUGUGCCGCCACUACUCCCAUGCAUCAUCACAGAAAACCCAGUCGAGGAAAUCCCAUUCCUCCUCUGCCUCUCAAUACAUCGCAUCAUCAAACCCUCCGACAACCAACAAGUCAUCCCCAGGACUGGGAUGUGGCAUGCAAUGAAGAUGCUUUUUUGGACGCCCUCCUGCUGUCUGCCAUUACGGUGGAAGCAGAAGAAGAUGGCGUACAUCCACUCUUACGGGAUAGUAGUACACCGGGGUGCCAUGAAACACACCAUCAUGAUGUAUCCCACGCCAUGAGCUCAGGCAACAACAACAACAAUAGGGUACAUGUACUGGAAGACACACCAGUCGUCAAUGGGAUGCCAGUGGUGCUUGCCAAUAAUAAUAAUGGGAUGGUAGUGACAAACGGGGUACCAAUUACGGGAGAGCAGUCCAAAUGCUGCAAUUGCGGGCAUGGUCAUUCUUCCUCAGCAUCCAUUCUGCUGACACGGGAGAACAUACACCAUUGGCUUCAUCAAGCCCAGCUUCCAGAAGAUUUUCGACUUCAAAUAGUGGACAACAAAAACAACAACAAUUUGAUCGAGGCGAUCACUAUGGAAAUGAAAGUGAGCAAAUGCAACAAAACAGUGCAACGGAAUGGUUGCCGAAUACUGUACCAGUAUUGCACAUCUACCGCCAGCGACAACUGGGUGAAUGGCGACGAGGAAACGACAAAAGGCAUUUGUUCCAUGGCCAGUGCACUCAUUUCGGCAAUCAACUGCAACGUGGAGGAUCCGGUUGUGGUGGAACAUGCAAGCUUGACGCUCGACCAGUUAAUGCCGGCUUUCAUGGCAUGUUCACAACAACACAACAGCAACUACGACAGAGUACAGCGGGCCAUUCGAUUAGCGACAGAGGCACUUGUCGCGGCCCUCGAACGACAACAAGGAAAUUUACCAGCGCAACAAGCCAUUACCAAAACCCUCUACUGGUACAAUUUCAUGACCGAAAAAGAGUCCACUACAGUCGUUCAAAAUGUAAUGAUCGCAAAACAAGCCAAGCUCUUGCCAACACUCCAAGCUUGCAUGCAGGAACAUGUACACGAUGAGCUUUUGCAACAAUAUGCGUGUGGUAUUCUGAAUCUACUACUGGUGCAACAGCAACAACAACAACAACAAGAAAAGGCCAGCCAAGACGCGGCAGAAUCCAGCAGCAAUCAUGAGUAUAAUCCUGUGGUGGCACUACUCUGCCUGAUUAUGGACCGCCACCGCAAAAUUGUUUGUGUUCAACAAGAGGCGAUGGCGUGCCUCUACUCGGCCACUGUGAACAAUAGUCUCGUCGAGGCGGUCGAGAUAUCCGCUGUCGUGGAAGCCAUGAAAGCCCAUCCUAAGGACAAAUCGGUGCAAUCGUUUGGUUGCGGCGUGAUCCGGAACGUUUCGGUGCGCAAAACCAACGUUUCCGUAAUUGAACAAUGCGGUGGGAUUGACGUCAUUGCCCGGGCCAUGGAUGCGCACCCUGGUGAAAUGAUGUUGCAGUGCAGUGGUUGCCGAGCACUCAAACAUUUGGCAGUGGAUGAUUCCAUGGAGCUGCUGAUUCAACAAAAGGGUGGAAUUGGAACAAUCAUCCAGUCUCUACAAGGCUUCCCCUUGGAGGCUGAGUUGCAACGUGAAGGCUACGCAGCUCUUGCCCACCUGUCUCACCGAAAGGACUCAAAAUCCAUAUUGGUCCGCCACCCUGGUUUGGCGACAAUGCUAGUGGCUGCCAUGAAACAGCAUCGGCAGGACGGAAAUGUGCAGCAAAAGGUCUGCAGCGUCCUGCUCAACCUGUCUCUCAGUGAGACAUUUACAAAUGCAUUCGAUCAACUUGGGGGAAUCACAUUGGUCGCAGCAGCCAUGACGAAUCAUGCAGAGGAUGUCAAACUGCAACAAUACGCUAUUGGGUCACUCCAGAACUUUUGUCGCAAAGGCAAUUGUAGCGCCACGUUACGAGCCAGCGGUGCAAUAGAGGCCGCCAUCCACUCGAUGUCCGCGUAUGGUGGCAACCUCAAAAUCCAGAUGCACGCCUUGGGAUUCAUAAAGAAUGCGUCGACCCACAAGGAAACCGCCAUUCAGAUUGCCCAAGCUGGAGGUGUUCGGUCUAUUCGAGAGGUAACGGAGAAACACACAUACAAUGCCGCUCUGCAUCUGGAGGCUUGCCUGGCGAUGGUGAAUAUGUCCCGUGCAAAGGAAGUCGGGGCGACGAUUGUGGAAAAUGGAGGCGUCUCCAUAGCAAUCUGCGCCAUGCGGCAGCACGUCGAUUCUGCGGCGGCCCAAUACGCAGGAUGCGGACUUCUCUGGAGUCUUUCGGCGACAACAUCCACGAGCCAUGAUGUGAUUGCGUCCCAGGGAGGUGUUCGUAGCAUCCUGCAAGCCAUGAAGAAACAUCCAAAAGCUGCUGAUGUCCAGCAAAAGGCAUGCCUGGCAUUGUAUAAUUUGACACCACAUGAGGGUUGCCGAAAAGGAAUCGAAGAGAAUGGCCGCGGGGUAAUCUUGGCAGUGACAGCCAUGCGAGAACACGGUUCUGAUCUCCCCAUUCAGAGAUACGCCUGCAAGUUCUUGGCUCUCAUGGUGCGUGGUGGCAAACACAACGUUGAUAUUCUAACGGCGAAUGGUGGUGUCCCCGUUGUGAAUGCGGCAUUGGAAAGCUUCAGGAGCAAUGAUGACGUGCAGAAAUAUGGCACCCGAAUUGUAGAAAUCUUCAGGCGCAGCCAUGGCUGA